UUAGUUUCUAAUUUUUAAUUUUUUUGAAAAAUAACACCUUCUUUGUCUGUCUCAUUCUAGAGAGAGAAAGAGAUUAGAGAGAGAAAGAGGGUCAGAGAAAGAGAGAGAGAGAGAGUACCAAAAUGGGUAAGAUAGUGGAGAGGAAGAAGAAGAAGAAAGGGCGUCCCUCUCUUUUAGAUCUCCAAAAACGGAACCUCAGAGAACAACAACAGCACCAAAUUCCACACCAGACUAAGCGAAUUACCAAUUCAGUCCCUCAUUCUCACCAUAAUUACAAGAAUGCCCCUGCUUCUUCUACCCCUAAUUCGGUUCGUCGAUCUACUCGCCGGAACCCUAAUCCCGACCCGGAAAGCCCCGACGCUGAGGAGGAAGACGAGGAUGACGAUGAGGAUGAUGACGAAGAAGAAGAAUUGACAGGGAAACGGCGCGAGAAGAAGCUCAAGCUUGUUCUUAAGUUGCCUUCAAAUCAAAAAUCCUCUAUCAAUUCUGCUUCCCAGAAUUCGUAUGCUUCAGAUUCGAAUGCUGAGGAAGAUAACGCUGGCUCUGUUGGUAACAAGAAGCGGAAAAUCAAUGCGAUCGGAGAUGGAUCUGGGCUCUCUGACUCAAAGAAGGGUAUCAAGUCCAUUUCUGGAACGAAGCCAUCAAACACCGUUCAAGGGACAAAGUUGGAUUUGGGACCCUCAACACCUUUACCUGAUAAAAAGCUGUUACUGUUCAUCCUCGAGAGGCUCCAAAAGAAGGACACCUAUGGUGUGUACUCUGAACCUGCAGACCCUGAAGAGCUACCAGACUAUCACGAAGUAAUAGAGCAUCCUAUGGAUUUCGGGACUGUAAAGAAGAAACUUACUGGUGGUGCUUAUACCUACCUGGAGGAGUUCGAGAAAGAUAUAUACUUAAUCUGCACUAACGCAAUGCAGUAUAAUGCUCCAGACACCGUAUAUUUUCGACAGGCACGUUCUAUACAUGAGUUGGCGAAAAAGAAUUUUGAAAAUUUGAGGCAAGACAGUGACGAUAAUAACGAACCAGUAGUACCUAAAGUAGUAAGAAGAGGGAGACCACCAACGAAAAAUUUGAAAAAACAAGGUUCGGAGUAUACUUCAGAUGGUACGCUUGCUACCACUGCUGGAGGGGAGAAUGCCACUUUGUCAAAUCAUGAAAUGAGGAAAGGUCCUCAUCUCCAAGACAAGUCUGGUUUGGCAGAUAUAUCUGGAAGAGUUCAUGGUUCACGCAAUAAUGACGUCUAUAGUAGCUUUUUAGCUGAUAAACUUGAGAAGAAUGAUGAGUUUACAGGGUCUGCGAUGAGGGGUAACUUUAAGAAUGGGAAAAAACAUUUUGUGCUUGACGAUAACAGGCGUAACACGUACUUGCAACCACAUCCUUCUGCUGGUGGUCGUGAGCCGUCUGUGUUGACAACUUUUGAUGGAGAAAAAAAACAGCUUAUGCCUGUUGGGCUUCUUGUCGAGCAUGGUUAUGCAAGGAGCCUGGCUCGAUUUGCUGCAAACCUUGGACCUGUUGCUUGGAAAAUUGCUUCCAAGAAGAUUGAAAUGACUUUACCAGCUGGUGCUAAGUUUGGCCCUGGUUGGGUUGUAGAGGAUGACAUCCUGCCACAAAGGUCACUUCUUUUACCAGGACAGCCAUCGGUAUCCCAGCCCUCUAUUGUUGUGGCAAAUUCAUCAUCUGCUGCUACAAGCUGCACCCUUGAUUCAAAUGUUAAUAGAUUGUCAGAGAAGCCCGAAGGGGAUAACUUGUCAGAGAGGCAAAUGCCUUCAACCACUCCCUCAACGUCAGACAGCCAUCCAAGCAAAUCUCUCCCCGUGUCAGCCGCCACAUCCUCUGCAUCCAUAUUUGCUAGGUCUCAUGAACCUGUCACAGCAAAGGCAGAAACUGCAGAAGGAUUGAAACCCAAUGUUGGGUUUAACACACAGAACAACAGUAUUGGUGGGAUCAGGCCAAGACCUCCAUUUCCAAUUCAUCAAGGCCCUACGAUUCACCCUGGUAUGAAUGGAUAUAACGGCUUUAAUCUUGCCGCUCAGAUGGGAAAACUAAUGGGACCACACUCCGGACCACCAGGUUUUAACAUCCAAUCGUCUCAAAUGGUCGAUACAAGCUCUAGAAAUACUAAUAAAGCUAAUCCCGCAACUGGGAGCAGCUUAACUACCGAAGAAACUAAUAAAUUGUCAGAAAACCGAACUACAAUAAAUUCCAGCAAUCCACUGCCAAACCCUGGGAGUGAGGCAACAACACCGUCGAUGUCAGGGUUUCAUCCAAGGCCAUCUUGGCAAGGUUUCUCGCCACAGCUAAGACCUGAUUCUGGAUUGUCAACGCAACAGAAGUCAGAUUCAGUUCCACCAGAUCUUAAUGUCAGAUUUCAGUCACCAGGGUCUCCUAGUUCUAGCAGAGUUGAUUCAACACAACCAGAUUUAGCAUUGCAGCUUUGAGAAUAAUUGAGGGUUUUUUUUAUAUUUCUUUUUUCCUUUUUCUUGUUUGUCAUUCUCUUUAAUUUAGUUAACCAUAGACCGGUGGGUUCAUGAUUUGUUGCUUUAAGUGACUUGAGGCCAAUAGAAAAUGGUCUGUGUCAGAAGCCGUGUUGAGCCACACCUAACAUUAUUGUAUUAGAUUAGGUUGAUCAUGUACAGAUUAAUGUAUUCUAAUUUUAGGUCCACAAGUAAAGAAGUUCUCAUUUGUACCAUUAUAAACUAUGAUCAUAAGAAUUUGUUGACUAAUGAGCUAAGAUAAGAUGUUUUUUUAAGUUAGAAA